AUGGCCGAAUCCACCAAGCCAACAGAGGCGGCCCACCGCCCAAAAUCCAAGUCUGCCAAAUCCAAAGAACCAUUCUAUUCUGUGUCACCCCUGUGGGAGGAUAUCACGCCACUGCCGAUGGUUGAUGGCCCUCCGGGCCAGACCGAUCCAGGCCCUGCUCUCGCGACCAUUGCAUACUCGCCACGUUAUUCCGAGGCCAUGUCGUAUCUGAGGGCCGUCAUGGCCACGAACGAGUUCAGCAGGCGGACAUUGGAUCUCACGGAGGACAUCAUUAGUAUGAACCCUUCUCACUAUACGGUUUGGCUCUACCGGGCAAAGAUACUCAAAGUGCUGUGGGGUGAGGAGAAUAUUUCCACAGAAGACGGUGUCAAGGCUGAGCUGGAUUGGCUGGAAGGCAUUAGUGAACGUAAUUUGAAGAACUAUCAGAUAUGGCACCAUCGCCAACUAAUGGUCUCACUUCUCACAUCAUUGCCCUCCGGGGAGACCGAGUUCCUCACUCAUAUUCUAUCCUUCGACAGCAAAAAUUACCAUGUCUGGACAUACCGACAGUGGCUUUGCCGUCAUUUCCCAGAGUCACUACUCGCCACAGACGUGGAGCUAGCCUCCAUCGACGCCCUGAUCAACGACGACGUGAGAAACAACUCAGCAUGGAACCACCGAUACUUUGUCUGCUUUGGUGCGGAAGAGCUCCAAGCCAUCGAGAAGGAAGGCGGCAACAGAAAAGACGUGCUCGCACAAGGGAAACUGGUCGUCGACGAAGACGUCGUGGACCGCGAGAUCAACUACGCCAAAGAUCAUAUCGCCUGGGCACCCCAGAAUCCCAGUCCUUGGAACUAUCUCAAGGGCGUGCUGAAACGUGCCGGGAUUCCCAUCACGAACAUGCAGGUCUUCUGUGAAGGCUUUGUCGGUGGCAGAAAUGCCGAUCUGUUUGGUGAAAACGUCAAGAGCAGUCAUGCUGUUGACUGGCUCGCAGAGAUAUAUCAACUGGAUGGCAACGCAGAGCGAAGCAAGCAGUGUCUUGACGCACUGGGCAAGAAAUGGGAUCCGAUCAGGAGGAAAUACUGGGACUAUCGUGCAGAGCAGUUAGGCAGAGGAGAAGAGGAUCAAGGCUCUGCACAGGCGGCUUGA